AUGACUCGUCCUGUAAAUGGAAGUGAAAUGGGUGUAAUAGAAGACACCGACUUUGAACUAAUUGGUGGAAUCAUUUACGAUGCAUGUAAAGAGCAGGGAGUAAAUGCAAUGCCUGGUUUGCUUUGUUGGGAAUGGAAUUUGACGGAUAAGAAAAAUAUUGUAGAUCAACUGAGUUAUUGCAGUAGGGAAGGAAAUUUAGGAGUUGGCAAGAUAUUUCAUGCUUUGGUGAUAAAGACAGGGUUUUGUGGUGACAAGAUUGUGGAUACAGCUCUUGUUAAUAUGUAUGCCAAGUGUGGCGAAAUUGGUAGUGCAGUGAAGGUUUUUGAUGGGAUGCUUUCCAUUGAUGUAGCUUCAUAUAAUUGCUUGAUUUCUGGGUUUCUGAGCAAUGAAAUGUUUGAUGAAGCUUUAGGCUUCUUUGCACAGAUGGGAGUUUGGGAAAUAAGGCCGAAUCACUACACAUUUUCGAUCAUGAUAUCUGGUUGUGGGAGUGUUUUUGCUAUCAAUGAAGGGAUUCAGCUCCAUGCACAUGUAGUGAAGCUGCAGCAUGUAGUUAAUGGAGUUGUUGCUAAUUCUCUUUUGACAAUGUAUUGCAAGUUUGGGAUGAUGGAGAAUGCUCAAAGUUUGUUUCAAAGUCUUCCUAAGAAGAAUGUUGUAUCUUGGACUGCCAUUAUAUCUGGACUUUACCAGCAAAGAGCAUUGGAGAAGGCCCUGCUGCAGUUCUACUUGAUGAGACAACAUGGAUUUGAACCAAAUGAAUAUACAUUGACCAUGGCCUUAUCUUCUUGUGGAGGUAUAAAGCAGUUUGACAAUGGUUAUGCACUUCAUGCUCAACUAGUUAAAAAGGGCAUGGCUUCCGGAGCUUUUGUUGGCACUGCAAUCGUAGACAUGUAUACAGAGCUUGGGCAAAUGGAUAAUGCUGAAAAACAGCUUCAGGAGAUGGGUACAAUUGCAUCCGCUGUAUCAUGGAAUGCACUAAUUGCAGGGUUUGUUCACAAUAAUAACAUAGAAGCAGCAUUGAAGGCUUUUCAUAAAAUGGUUCUAAAUUACGUACCAAUUGAUGAGUACACCUUUUCAAAUGCCCUGAAAGCUUGUUCUUCUUUUCCAUCCCUUUCCACAAGCAGGCAAAUUCAUUGUUGGGUGAUUAAAGCCAGCUCUGAAAGAAACUUACAUGUUGCAAGCUCGUUAAUUGAAGCGUAUGGAAAAUGUGGCAGUUUAGAUGAUGCUGAAAAGGUAUUUGACCAGAUAUCAAUGCCGGAUAUUGUGUCAUGGAAUUGCUUGGUCAAAGCUUACUCACAGCAUGGAUACUUUGAGAAGGCUGUAUCUUUGUUUAAAAAGAUGGUUGUGGAGGGUGUAAAGCCAAGUGGUUCUACUUUUCUUGCAGUUCUUUCUGCUUGUAGCCACUGCGGAUUAGUUCAAGAAGGCAAAGAAUUUUUCAAAUCCAUGUUGAUGAACUACAGUGUUAUACCUGAGGAAACACAUUAUUGCUGCAUGGUAGACUUGUUUAGCAGAUCAGGACAUCUGGAGGAUGCUCUAGAUUUCAUAAAAAGAUUGCCAAUCAAGCCCACUGCUCCAAUAUGGAGACCAUUGCUCGCGGGUUGCAGAUGUCACUGUGACCUUCAACUGGGGGAAUAUGUUGCCAAUCGUAUCCUAGAAUUAGAACCAGAUGAUGCAUCAGUUCAUGUCACCUUGUCAAACAUGUACUUUGAUGUAGGAAGAUUAGGUGAAUUGGUUAAGCAAAGAGAACUAAUGAAACUGAAGGAGGUUAAGAAGGAACCAGGUUAUAGCUGGAUUGAGGUUAAAAAUAAAACGUACAAGUUCUUUUCAGGAGAUACAACUCACCCUCAAACUCCAGAAGUAUAUGACCUGUUAGAGAAGCUCAUUAAUGAUAUCAGGGUAGUCAAUCAUGCUUCGACUUUGAGUGAGAUAUCUACACCUCAUACAGAACUAGGACUAUGUAAUGAAGGGAAGCUUUUGUAUCAUAGUGAGAAGCUUGCAGUUUGCUUUGGCUUAUUAAAUUUGCCUGCUGGAACCCCUAUUCGUAUUUUCAAGAACAUUCGAGUCUGCUCAGAUUGCCACACAACAAUGAAGCACAUAUCAAAGAUUACUAAACAUGAAAUAUUACUAAGGGAUAAUUACAGGUUUCAUCACUUCAAGCAGGGUUGCUGUUCUUGUGGGGAUUUCUGGUGA